CCUCAUCGGAGAUCUCAAGUAUUUAUGGCACCUGCAGCCCGUCGCCGUUCCCAUGAGUCUAUUGCCUCGCUGUCAUCUGUGAAGAGUCUCGAGGCCCAAGAGAGUCGAGAGAGCGUUAAGGUUGGAGGCACUCCUGACUUCACUGCUAUCUUCAACGUAGUCAUGACGGCUGUUGGUGUUGGGCUGCUCGCUCUCGCCAAGGCCACUGCCAGUGUUGGCUAUGCAACAGGCAUUUUCUAUAUGCUGGUUUGUGGUGUCCUAGGGUGGUGCAUGGUAUACCUUUUGUAUAGAUGCAGGGUUAUGGCCCUAACUCUGGGGCUCGAUCACGUUCCCACUUAUGAGGAUAUUGGUCGGGCUGCGUUCGGAAGAAUCGGCCGUGUUGUCGUCGCGAUAAGUCUACACAUCUCCCUUGUUGGUACGUCUUGUGUGCUCAUGCUUCUGCUAGGGCAAAACUCUCAUCACAUAUACGAUGGUAUCGGAGUCAAUAUCUGGAUUGUUAUUUGGGCUGUCAUUCUCACGCCUGUAAACUGGCUUAAGACUAUGCGUGAGAUUGGAUUCAUGGCUAGCACUGUGGGAGUCUUUUCCAUCGUAGUCACCCUGGUAGGGCUUACAGCAGCCGGCUUUUCUCAAGCUUAUUCGGCGAGUGCGCCUUACGAAGCGAUCGUACCAAAGCCGCUCUCUAUUAUAGGAGGAUACACUACUUUCUCCUUCGCCUAUUCGGUCACGUGUAGCACGACGACAGUGACACAUGAUAUGCGUCAUCCCACUCACGCUCCCAAGGUGUUCGCUAUCUCUUUUGCUGGCCUUAUCUCCAUAUAUGGUCUGGUGACUUUGGCUGGGUAUCUUGGUUGGGGCCAGAAGCUUUUAUGUUAUGACAAUGUGCUCGAAGCCAUGUCCAAGGAUGCUUUUGGGUAUGUAUCUUUCAUUGGUAUUAUCAUACUCUCUGCAACACAUUAUGCAGUAUUAUUACAUCCAUCAUGCCGUGCUAUAGAGUAUCUCACUGGGCUCGAGAAAGGAACGACCAAAGCCCGAAGGUUGGGCCGCUGGCCGACACUCCUCAUUACAAGUGGCCUACGGAGCCUCCUUGUGGUCGUCACUGCGGUGAUUGCCAUCACAGUACCCAAUUUCUCGUUACAGAUCGAUCUUCUUUCAGCUGUAACUUACACGCUUAUACAUUUAAUAUUUCCACCGUUGUUCUACAUGAGACUGAAGCAUAAGUCAGCCGGGUAUGGUAGGCCUGAUAAUAUGAGUUCUACCAAAGGGAAACUUUUAACUGUAUCACUUCUGUUGCUCAUGGCUAUCGCCUUGAUGGCCUCCGGGGUCACCAUUUACAAGACUGUCCAACCCGGCCCCACACCUGUCGUAUGCCAACAAACAGAGAUGGCCAGUGCUGAAGCAGCUGCACAAGGCAAGGACGCCUCGGGCCUGGAAGUGGUUGAUAUAGAGGACUGGAAUGAGACCGAGAUCGACAAUGAUAGGGAUCUACGUGAUGACUAUGAUGCUUCUGCAAAUUACGAGAUGUUGGCGGAUGGGAAGACGGUAGGUUAUAGAUCAGAAGAGGAGGGAUUAGAUGAAAGAUGGUAUUAG